UCUAUAUAAGGCUUUCAAACUCCCUCUUCUACAUAACAAGAGAGACAUUUCAACUUGCUAGUUAUGGCCACCAAGCAUCGUUCUAAUUCUUCUUUCCUCUUUCUAUUGCUCCUCCUACAUUUUAUUUUGGGGAAAAGCCAGCUACAAGUGAACUACUACUCCAAGAGCUGCCCAAAAGCGGAAGAGAUCAUCAAGCAACAAGUCACUGAACUAUAUAACGAGCAUGGAAACACAGCCAUUUCGUGGGUUAGAAAUCUCUUCCAUGAUUGCCUAGUCAAGGCAUGCGAUGCAUCCCUACUUUUAGAAACGGUGCACGGUGUAGUAUCGGAACAGACAUCCGAGAGAAGUUUUGGGAUGAGAAACUUCAAGUAUGUCAACACCAUCAAAGCGGCUGUUGAGAAAGAAUGCCCCUUGACGGUUUCAUGCGCUGAUAUUGUUGCUCUUUCCGCUAGAGACGGCAUUGCCAUGUUGGGAGGUCCAAACAUUGAAAUGAAGAGUGGACGAAGAGAUAGCAAAGAAAGCUACGUUAAGGUGGUGGAAGACUUCAUUCCCAACCACAAUGACUCCAUAUCCUUAGUGCUCUCUCGUUUUCAAGCCAUUGGCGUUGACGUUGAAGCCACUGUUGCUCUUUUAGGAGCACACUCAGUGGGAAGAGUACACUGCAUGAAUAUAGUACAUAGACUAUACCCCACAGUGGACACAACAUUAGACCCUACACAUGCUGCCUAUCUCAAACGUAGGUGUCCAACACCAAAUCCAGAUCCAAAAGCUGUCCAAUAUGUAAGGAACGAUCUAAAAACUCCCAUGAUAAUUGACAACAACUACUACAAAAACAUCUUGCAACAUAAGGGUCUUCUCACUGUCGAUGAAGAAUUGGCCAAUGACCCUAUAACAGCACCUUAUGUACAAAAGAUGGCUGAUGAUAAUACUUACUUCCGUCAACAAUUCUCAAGGGCUGUUCUUUUGUUGUCUGAGAAUAAUCCUCUUACUGCCGAUGAUCAAGGUGAAAUUAGAAAGGAUUGUCGCUAUGUUAAUGCUAAUUAGCUAGAUUUGCUUGCAUUUUGCAUACAAUAAUUUAUGCCAUCGAGCUUAAUUAACAUUAUAUUUUGCCACUACUUUCUUAAUUAUACUAUGGUUUAGUGCAUAGUAGUGCAUAUCUCCGAUAUUAAGUUUGAUUUCAACUCCUAAAAAAAAUGUUGCUUCAGCAAUAACUAUAAUUUACCUU